AUGGAGGGCGUGCAGAAAACUCUGGAGGAAUUACUGACGAAAUUUUCGUCGCUGUCGACCGAAGUCCAGCAGCUGAGUACUCAGGUGGCCGAUUUCGGCGAGGGGUUGGAUGCGGUCAAGCGUACCCAGGCCAUGGAGGCGGCGGUGCGGACGGCUCCUUCGUCCUCCACCACACACCCCGCGGCAGUGUUGGUCAACAAGGGAGCCCCACUCCUCCACGUUCCACCACGGCCACCACCGCCGCCUGUUCGUCGCGACGCACACCCGGACCGCCAGGCCUCACCACCACGGUCCCCGCGCGACACCUACCGUCACAAGCCGCCGAAGCACGAUUUUCCCCGGUUCAGCGGCGACGCCCCGCGCCUCUGGUUUGACCUCUGCCACACCUAUUUUCAGCUCUAUCAAACGCCACCAGAGCACUGGGUUUCUACAGCUGUGUUGUAUAUGGACGGCCAUGCCGCGCUAUGGUGUCAGGCAUACAAGCGUCUGCAUGGUCUGGGUGAUUGGUUUUCAUUCAUGGAGGCAGUGCAGACUGAAUUUGGGCAGGAUGAGUUUGACGGCUUGCUGCAUCGUUUGCAUCACCUCAAGCAGACUUCUACUGUCGCUGAGUACAGGCUCUCGUUUGAGGCUAUUAUGUAUCAUCUCAUUGCGCUGGAUCCGUCCUUGAAUCAGAAAUUUUUUGUCUCUCAGUUUAUCAUCGGUCUCCGGGAUGAGGUCCGCACAGGAGUGCGCCAGCACGCGCCGACGAGCGUUUCCAGAGCAGCGGCACUUGCCCGGAUUCAGGAGGAAGAAUCUGAACACAGCAAGCCGCGGGGUCGCCCACCGGUGUAUACUCGCGCCAUCCCUCCGCCGCCGGUGCCUGCAAUGGCUCCUGGACCAGUACAGCCACGCAUCGAUGGUGCUAAGCGCGGCCCGGAUGAUUUUGGCCGUGAACGGCAACUGCGUGAAUUCAGACGCGCCAAUGGAUUGUGUUUCAAGUGCGGUGACAAGUAUUCCAGAGAACAUAAAUGCAACAGGGUUGGUCAGCUCCUAACCAUUGAAGUGGGCGAUCAUGGUGAACUUUUGUCUGAUGAUGCCAUCCGUGCGCUUGAGUUGCUUGAUGACAAUCCAGAAGAAGCUGCAGCUUGCUAUCACAUUUCAGUCCAUGCGGUAGCAGGAACAGAAUCGUCAGGUACCAUGAGGCUACGAGCAUUGGUUGGCAACCAGGUAAUGCUAUUGUUGGUAGAUUCUGGCAGCACGCAUACAUUCGUGAAUUCCACGUUUGCGUCGCGAGCCGGUUGCACGGUGCAGGAAGCAGAACCGGUGACAGUGCGUGUGGCUAAUGGCGAAACACUGAAAUCCACACAGCAGGUCUCUCAAUUGAAAUGGUGGUGUCAGGGACAUACUUUCAGCACUGAUAUGAGAUUGUUGGAUUUAGGGGCAUAUGAUGCUGUCCUUGGAGUUGAUUGGCUGGCCCAAUUCAGCCCCAUGAAUUGCCAUUGGGGACUGAAGACCAUGGAGUUCCGCUAUGGCCUGACAAAUAUUCAGUUGCAAGGGGUACGGGCACCUGGGGAGCCAACACUGACUGAAAUACGAGCAGAGCAACUGUCGAAGUGGAUUCAGGGCAAUGAGGUUUGGGCUUUGACAGUUAUCCAGCCUGCAGAUUCUGUUACAAACAACACCAAGCCACUGCCACUAUCUUUGCAAGCUCUACUAGAGGAGUUUGCUGAUGUAUUUCAGGAACCUACCACACUACCACCACAUAGAUCGUUUGAUCAUGCUAUACACUUGGAACCCGGCGCCACUCCUCCCAAUGUUCGGCCGUAUCGAUAUUCUCCUCUUCAGAAGGACGAGAUUGAGCGUCAGGUGACUGAAAUGUUAAAAGCUGGGUUGAUCACCAAUAGUAUUAGUCCAUUUGCUGCUCCUGUCCUGCUAGUCAAGAAGAAGGAUGACACAUGGCGUUUCUGUGUCGAUUAUCGCCGACUGAAUGAUAUCACAAUUAAGAAUAAGUUUCCCUUACCAGUGAUUGAUGAACUGCUAGACGAGCUGGCGGGAGCUCGCUUCUUUUCUAAAUUGGACUUACGAUCGGGUUAUCAUCAAAUCAGGAUGCGCCCAGAGGAUGAAGCCAAGACAGCAUUUAAAACCCAUCACGGCCAUUUUCAGUUCCGAGUAAUGCCGUUUGGUGUCACAAAUGGGCCACCUACAUUUCAGUGUUUGAUUAAAUUGGACUUACGAUCGGGUUAUCAUCAAAUCAGGAUGCGCCCAGAGGAUGAAGCCAAGACAGCAUUUAAAACCCAUCACGGCCAUUUUCAGUUCCGAGUAAUGCCGUUUGGUGUCACAAAUGGGCCACCUACAUUUCAGUGUUUGAUGAAUUCUGUCUUGGCACCUGGUACCAGGAAGUAUGUCAUAGCAUUUUUGGAUGACAUCUUGACAUACAGUGAGUCGUUUGAUGAGCACCUGCAACAUUUGAGACUGGUUCUUACCACACUUCGGCAGCAUCAGUUAUAUGCCAAAUUUUCAAAGUGCACUUUUGCCCAGUCUUCCAUCAAUUACUUGGGCCAUGUGAUUUCAGCAGAAGGGGUUGCAACAGAAUCUGACAAAACAGAGGCGAUCCAAAACUGGCCACAACCUUCUUCACAAACAGAACUGCGAGCAUUUUUGGGCCUGACGGGAUACUAUCGCAAGUUUGUCAGGAAUUACAGUAUAAUCACAAAACCCCUGACAACUCUUUUGAGCAAGAAAGGUUUUGUUUGGUCUGUUGAAGCCACUGAGGCCUUCCUGAAACUGAAACAAGUGAUGACUACUACACCAGUGCUCGCUUUACCAAAUUUCUCACUCCCAUUCACUGUAGAGACGGAUGCUUGUGACACUGGGAUCGGGGCUGUUCUCUCGCAGCAAGGUCACCCAAUUGCGUUUCUCAGUCGCGCGCUCGGGGUCAAUAACAAGAAGUUGUCGGUGUAUGAAAAAGAGUUUCUCGCAGUGAUGAUGGCGAUCGACCGUUGGCGCGACCAUAUCUUCAGCGAGGUCAAUUCACCAUAUUAA